AUUUCACAUUUUCCAGAAAUCAACCCCUUGAACCCUAAACCCUAGAUUAGUGAAUUAGGUAUAUGACAUUCAUUAGCGGCCAUACCAAACCCUAACUUGGAUUAACAGCGACUAAAUUUCCAAGCAAAACAGCCCAAAUCCAACCAAGUAAAAAAAUGGAGGGCAAAGUGGAAUCCCUCUGGGAGGAAGUGAGGGAGCUCACCCUAGGAACCACCGUGGACCGCCUUCGGUCGCCGCCCACACCUCUGCAGUUCCUCAGGGACUUCGUUUCCCAAAACAAGCCCUGCAUAAUCUCCAAUGCCAUCUCUCACUGGCCAGCCCUUUCUCUUUGGUCCACCCCUUCUUACCUCGCCACCGCCCUCUCCUCCUCUCUCGUCUCCCUCCACCUCACCCCCGACGGCCAGGCCGAUGCCCUUGUCCCUCACCCUUCGCAGUCUUCCCUCUGUUUCGUCUCAGCCCAUGUCCAACCCACCCUUUUCCCUCAAGCCCUUGACCUCAUUCGCCGACCCCCCAGCCAUUUGGUGGCAUAUUUACAGCAGCAAAACGACUGCUUCAGGACUGAGUACAGUGAGCUUGAGUCCGAUUGCGAUGCCCAUAUUCCAUGGGCUUCCGAAGCCUUAGGCUGCCUACCUGAAGCCGUCAAUCUCUGGAUCGGAAAUCAUCUCUCCCAGACUUCUUUCCACAAAGACCAUUACGAGAAUCUCUACGCCGUCGUUUCCGGCGAGAAGCAUUUUUUGCUUCUCCCCCCAACCGACGUUCACCGCAUGUAUAUUAAGGAGUACCCAGCAGCUCGAUACUCCUAUUCCCAGGAGAAUGGGGAGUUUCGUUUAGAAGUCGAAGAACCGGAGAGAUAUGUGCCAUGGUCUAGUGUGGAUCCUUGUCCUGCAAGGGCGAGUUUGAAGCAGGAGAGCUUGAAAUUCCCAUUGUAUUUUAACGGGCCUAAGCCAUUUGAGGUUACUGUCAAAGCUGGAGAAGUUCUUUACUUGCCGAGUAUGUGGUUUCAUCAUGUUAGACAGAGUCCUGGAGACGGAGGAUGCACUAUCGCUGUUAAUUACUUUUCGUUUGCAGGGUACGAUAUGCAGUUCGAUAUCAAGUAUGCAUACUUCAACUUCUUGCAGUCGCUUCCUUGCGGAUCAAUUGAUGAUCAGACGAUACCGGAGGGUGAUCGUGAGGAUGAUUCAGGACCUCAUGCUUCCUCCAACCAUUUAAACAGUAGAUUCUCUGGUGAUGAAUCUGCAACAAACAAUGUGGAGAUCCAUAAAGACCGUGAUAAUGUACAAGUACAUGAAUGAACUUUCGUUCUUGAUAGUUCUAUGUUUGUGUGAUUCUUUUGAGGCAGGGAACUCAAGAAAAUGUCAAUGACUGCGAGGGCUGCUGCCCGGAUGUCAACGUCACCGAAAUUUUCAUGGUCUAGAGAGAACUGUUGUCUUCUACCUGGAAAUGAAAGCAACAGUAACGACCCUUUGAACAUUUUUGGUGUGGUGUUGUGAAGUGAUCAAUAGACAUAUGGUUCAGGUUGAUUUACUUGGAAGUUGCUUUGGAUUUUAUUUGUGACAUAUCAUUGAAUGUUACUGAUCAUGGUUAUGUUUUCUUCUUUUUAUUCCUCUUUACCUGGUGUUGGGAAUCAGUUUGGUAAUACAAAAUCUCUUCUUAUCUUGGGUUUAGUUUGAAA